CAUUUCAUGUUAUAUAUAUUGGUAGAAUCCGAAUAGGACAGUACGUCGAAGUAUAUAUAUACAAUAAACCGCAACUCAUGCUUGCUCUCCUUCAUCGCAUUGCCUGAUCCCUUGAUUUUUUACGAGCAUCGCGGAGAACUCGAUGGGGUCGGAAGCGGCGGCGCCGAGCUUCUUCUGGGGCGAUUCCCCGGGCGAGGAGGAGUACUACACGUGCCAGGGGGUGCGCAACACCCAGUCCUACUUCGACACCAAGCACGGCCGCCUCUUUACCCAGUCCUUCCACCCCAUCGAUCGCGCCACCGGGGAGCUCCUCCCCGUGAAGGCGCUCGUCUUCAUGACCCACGGAUACGGCUCCGACUCCGGCUGGCUCUUCCAGAAGAUCGCCAUUUCCUAUGCCACCUGGGGCUACAAAGUCUACUGCGCCGAUCUCCUCGGCCACGGCCGCUCCGACGGCAUCCGCUGCUACCUCGGCGACAUGGAGUCCGUCGCCGCCGCCUCCCUCUCCUUCUUCCUCUCCGCCCGCCGCGAGCAUCCGUCCCUGCCGGCCUUCCUCUUCGGCGAGUCCAUGGGCGGCGCGGCCACCCUCCUCAUGUACCUCCGCACCCCGGAGCCGGAUGUCUGGACGGGCCUCAUCUUCUCCGCGCCGCUCUUCGUCAUCCCCGACGACAUGAAGCCCUCCCGCGUCCGCCUCUUCCUCUACGGCCUCCUCUUCGGCCUGGCGGACACGUGGCAGGCGAUGCCGGACAACAAGAUGGUGGGGAAGGCCAUCAAGGACAGGGAGCGGCUCCGGAUCAUCGCCUCCAACCCGCGGCGCUACACGGGGCGGCCCCGGGUGGGCACCAUGCGCGAGCUCGCCCGGAUCUGCGACUACUUCCAGGCCAACUUCGACAAGGUGACGGCCCCCUUCCUGACCGUCCACGGCACCGACGACGGCGUCACCUCGCCGGCGGGGUCCCAGAUGCUCUACGACAAGGCCCCCAGCGAGGACAAGACGCUCAUCCUCUACGAGGGGAUGUACCACUCCCUCAUCCAGGGGGAGCCCGAGGAGAACAGCCAGCGCGUCCUCGCCGACAUGCGGGCUUGGAUCGACGACCGCAUCCGCCGGUACGGGGGACCCAAGCCCAACGUCGACGGCAACUGCAACUGCAACGGCAACGGCAACGGCAACGGCGCGGCCUACUACAAUAAUUAUAAGUAACUAUUUAAUCAAUUGAUUUGGAAAAACUUGUACUUACUACGUAUAAUUACAUGUUAAUAUAUAGUAUAUAACAUAAUAUUUGGGAUGCCCAUGAUACGAAACUCGGUCAGGUCGUUCCGUGGUGGUGGAAUUCCUAUGUAUUACAUACAUCAUCACUAUGAUAAUGAGAUUAUUACUUCUCAAGAAAACAAAUAUUUUAGAUCUAAGCGGUUGAUAGGUUGGUAAGUUGACACUAGAAAUCGACGUUUUACUUGUGCGGGGGUUGACCGGCCUCCCACCAACCCCCGGCAUCGGAAUCUAUUUUGCUUGUUAA